AUGCGCAAGGAGAUGGCUGCCCCAGAAUACCAGCCUCAGUUCCAUUUCUUCCACAGCAACGCAAGCCGUGAAGGCGGCCGUCCAGAGACCCCCAACAGCUGGAACAGCAUCAUAGAUCACAGCAGUGCUGUCCUGUCCCUCCACCUGGCCCCGGGGCAGCACCCAGAGGAGACGCUGGAAAAGGGCACUGGAGAGCCUGCGGCCAAGGCCAGCGAGGGGCCUGCCAGCCCCCACGUGCUGUGUCCUCCGGGGCAGCGCUUGCAAAAGAUGUCUUCAGAAGAUGGAUCGUCACCGCCUGUGGGUGAACAAUUGUGUGGGAGGAAAGAACCAGAGCCGACUCCUUCAGGGUCUGAACACAGCCUGCGAGCCCGUGUUAGGAAGAGCAGCCUGUGGGACCAGACGGCGGAGCAGGGGAGGGGCAGGCUGGGACCCAGGCCGGGCUGCGCGGCUGCGCCCGGGCCAGGGCCAGGGCCGUCGUGGCGCCUGUGGGCUCCCCUGCUCCUGUGUCUGCUGCAGGCGGCUCCAGGGAGGUCCCAGCUGGCCCCUCCCCAGAAUGUGACCCUGUUCUCCCAGAACUUCAGCGUGUACCUGACAUGGCUCCCUGGGCCUGGAAACCCCCAGAACGUGACCUACGUUGUGGCCUAUCAAAGCUUACCCAACCCCAGGCGCUGGCGAAGAGUGAAAAGCUGUGUGGGAACCACGGAGCUGGCGUGUCCUCUGAUGUGCCUGGAGAAGCAGGACCUCUACAACAAGUUCAAGGGGCGCGUGAAGGCCGCGGCUCCCGGCGCCAGGUCGCCCUGGGUGGAGUCUGAGUACCUGGAGUACCUGUUUGAAGUGGAGCCAGCCCCGCCCAACCUGGAGGUCACCCGGGCAGAAGAGGUCCUAAGUGUCAGCGCCUCAUACCAGCUGCCUUCUUGUGCGCCCCCGCUGGACCUGAGCUUCCAGGUGGAGUUCUGGAAGGAGGGGACCAGAAACAAGACCCUGCUCCCAGUCACUGACUUCGGCGAGCCAGUCCAGAUCUCCCUGCCGCCCACUGCCAGUGGACACCACUGCCUGCGUGCCAGAGCCGUCUACACCUUGCCUGAGCCCAGACACAGCCAGUUCUCAGUACCCACCUGCUUCUUCCUGGAGGCCCCAGGGACCAGCUGGGGAUUCCUGGUGCUGCCCUCACUCCUGCUCCUGCUGUGCAUAAGUGCCACAGGGGGCGCCAUCUGGAAGAGCCUCACGGGGAACCCCUGGUUUCAGCGGGCACAGAUGCCACAGGCUUUGGACUUCUCCGGACACAGACCCCUGGGCGCAACCUUUCAGCCCAGCGGACUAGACUUGCCCGAUGACAUAGUCAUCCAUCCCCAAAAGGAACUGACCAGGAGAGUCGGGCUGACCACUGUCAGAGCUCUGUCCGCCCUCCAGGCAGGGUCAGGGGACAGUGCCCAGGACCCAGAGGAGGACGAGGACGCCGACGACAGCAGCAGCUUCCAACCCUACAUCGAGCCCCCCGCCUUCCCAGGGCCAGUGCACCUAGUUUCGGGGUACUCCAAAGCCAGUGGGGCAGCCUCAGGGGAGUGCUGGCCUCCCGUGGUCCAGGCCGAAGACUCUGCCCGGGCGUCCUCAGCUAGGAGCUGGGCCUGCACUGGGGAUGCCUCCUACCCCUGGGUCCAGGCUGGGGCCUCUGGCUACUUGGCCAAGGAGGGGCCUGGCCAGGGGCUCAGAGCGGAUAGGAGUCAGCAGUCUCUCUCGCCUCCUAAACUCUUGGAGGACCUGGACUUCAUGGAAGAACUCCCGAAACAUGACCUGCCCUGGGCUACCUCGGGCUUCUCAUGGCCGGGGCUGGAUCCAGGCCCUGGGGAGCCUCCAGUUUCUCUUCAGACACUGACCUUCCACUGGGACAGCGGCUCCGAGGAAGGGGAGGACGAGGAUGAGGGUGGGAGGGAGUCGGAAACUGGGGACAGCGACGAGAGCAGUGGGGGCGCUGAGCGAGCCCAGACGACCCAGGUUGGGGACAGAAUGCUGGGGCAGUACAUGGCCAGGUGAGCGGGCCCCGCCGCCCCCAGAUCUGGUGCUGCCGCCGUGGCUAGUGGGCUUCUCCAGGACCCCGGACACCAGGGACGCUCAGCAGCCUGCGUCCGCCAUGAGACGGCAGUGACCUCGCAGCACCCCCGGAGCCCACCCGAGGCUGCCGGCUGAGCAGUAAGACGCCACUCUUGUGAGCCCUGAGGGCUGGGCUGGGGUCAGAGGUUGGUUCCGGGUCACAUCACCUACCGCCCCGGGGGUGACGGGCCAGGUGGGAAAAUCAUUCCUGGGCACAUGAGGCAGGUGCAGGCGGGUGGGUCGCUGCAGACAUCACAGGCCGACCGUGCCGAGGGCAUCUGGCGUUCUGGGGCUUUCAGUACCCGCUGGCUGCCUCCUCCCCCGUCAGCGUCCCGACUGAUGGGUCCCCUGGGGUGGAGCCCUGGUGAAGGAGCAUCCUGCUGACUGAGGGAGCUGGGGGGAAAGGCAACGGCAGCUGUUCAAGUCCUAGUCCUCGGAGCCAUGGCAUUGCAGUUUUUCAUGUCAGAAGACCUGGGUUCAAAUCCCCACCACGCUGUAGAGCAGGUGCGUGACGGUGGGUAAGCCACCUUCUCUGUGCCUCAGUUCCUCACCGCAGCUGCCUCCUGUAGGUGUGGGUUCGGAGUGAUCUGAUGUGCGCACACACCUGCCUGCCACUGGUGCUCUUGCACGGUGGCUGGCAGGACCCUCCAUCAACUGCCCAGGCUCCAGGCCCAGCACUGAGAACACACUCACCUCAGCUGGUCUCACCUCCCAGCCACUUCCUCCCUCCCUCUCUCACUGCCCUGCACCUCCUGGUCUCCUGGUCGAGCGACUGAACUCUGAGGAGCCAGAGCCCCAGCCAAGGGGUUCCCUUUUCCCACAACAGGAACUCUGCUUCCCAAGACAGGAGCCCAGUGGCCCCUUUCAGGGUCCGAUUUGCUGGGGUGAGGUAGCACGGCAGGGACUGGAGCCCGGGACCCGUUCCCCAGUGCCGGGCAGACUGUAGACCCCUCAGUUGUCUGUCAUGGUGAAAAGAAGCUCCACCUUCCCCUCCACGGACGAGAACCCCUGUCCUGUGCACACAGGUGAGCACAGGGUGGAGCGCCCUCAGGUCACCUGCACCCCACCUAUGCAUGCACAUACCCGAGUUUGCACCCAGGCUCUGGUCUGCUUUGUGGCCGGGGACCUCACAAUCUUGGCUCUGUGACCUGAGCCCUGCCAUUUAAGCCGCCAGGGCUUUACCGUCCGCUCCUGACAGAUCCUCACGCCAUUUUCCGCACUGAGCUGUCACUCUGCAGCCACGCAAACAGUGCAGCAGGAAGUGGCGCUGGAAAGGCUUCUUGAGGACAAAUGGCCUACGGAGUCCCACCUUGUUCCCAAGGCCUUGAACGCCGGUUGCGGUGGGGAGCCAGGGGGCCGUUUGAACGGCACCCUCGCUGUGCCCCGUUUGAACGGCGGCCUUCCACGCGAGGAGGACAAAGCCAGCAAUCAAACCACUUUCUCAGCUGAAAACGAACUUCCCUCAAAGAAGCUGAGGUCCAGAGUGGUAAAGGCACUUGCCCAGGGCCACCCAGCAAUCCUGCCCUACUGCCUCGUGCCCGUCCCCAAGGGUGAGACCCUGGUCUCUGCCGCGCCAGACCAACCUCUGACCCCUCGACCACUUCAACAAAGUGUGUAGGUCUCGGGAUUUCCGAGGGUCGCCAAGCUGGCAGGAAGUCUUCGCCACCACGUGGGCAUGGCCACGCAUCUCCGCAGUGGUUUUCCCUGCAGUGAGGCCUGUCCAUGGCAUGGAGCCCAGAGGAGGAAGAGCAGGCUGACACCCUGCAGCCAGGGCGGGGCAUGACCCGAGGCCAGCUCCCCACAGCACCCAGACCAAAGACCAAGCUGAGCUGCGUCCACGAGGUCACUUCAGACAUCUAAAAGCUAUCAUGAAAUGACCGCAUUUUUUAAAUUCUUAAACCUGUUUUUAUCAUUUUUUUCAAUGUUCAAUUUCUGACAUAACCAAUGCUUUCUCAUGAUUCUGAAUUCUACCUCCAUUAUAGCCGGAAUUUAGCAAAAACACGUGGGAGCAGGGGAAAAGGACAGGUGGGCAAACCCUUCAGCGUGGGCGGUCUCGCUGUUCGCAAAGCCCUCUCCCACGCAGGGCCGGGCCUGCGCGGCGCGGGCUGUGGCCGUGCUGGAAGGACAUGGAGAAGGUGAGCAGUAGCCUUAAAGCACUGUGUAUCAUGUCCUAGUGUAGCCAGGAGAUUGGAUGUUGUCCUUACAUAACUAUUUAUUUUUCAUUUUGUACUAUGUUUAUUCAUAUUUAAAUGAUAUCCUUGGCCAACUCCAUGGCCUGGU